CUAACCCUGUGUUUCUACACUUUAUAAGCCUCUUACCAUCUCAAAUCUCAAAACCCUAGCAAUCAGUUGCAGCAGCGGAAAGAGCAGACCAGCAUUUUCUUGCCUCAAGUAUUGCAGGUAAAUCGAUUGAGUAGAAAAUGUCGAUCGGAGAAAUCGCUUGUACCUACGCAUGUUUGAUCCUCAACGAUGAGGACAUCCCUAUCACUGCUGAGAAGAUUUCAAGUAUUGUAAAAGCAGCAAAUGUUACCGUAGAGCCUUACUGGCCUCUCUUGUUCGCCAAGCUCGCUGAGAAGAGAAACCUCUCAGAUCUCAUCAUGAAUGUUGGUGCUGGCGGUGGUGGAGGUGCCGUAGCCGUAGCUGCCCCCACUGGUGGUGCCGCCGCUGGUGGUGGUGCUGCAGCUGCUCCUGCUGCCGAGGAAAAGAAGGAGGAGCCAAAGGAAGAAAGUGAUGAUGAUAUGGGAUUCAGUUUGUUCGAUUAGAAGCUGUUUUCAGUACGAUCUUGUUCUUUUGUUUCCAAAAAAAUAGUUGGCUAAGUUUUAGUAUUUGAUGUUUGAGAUAUUCGGAAAAGUGUAAGAGUACAUGUAAUUUUGAGGCUAUGGACUCCUGUUGUGCUAGUUUUGAAAUCAAAUGUUUGUUCUUCUAUUGCUAA